AUGCGUCUCCUCACGCUCUUUCUGCCCACUCUCGCUCUUUUCACGCUCUUUCCCGCCAUUGUAUCUUCCAUCCACCACCCCCACGCUGUUCCACACCGCCGCGACCAUGCCCGUGCCCGUUCCCCUGCAUCCUCCAUCAUCGCCUCGCGCCAAUAUCGCAUCCCUCGUGAUCUUCUAGAUGUAUGCAUCAAUGUUAACGCCAACCUGCUUGCUGAUGCAUCCCAGCUGCUCGGCCUCUCCUCCCUCCUCGGCGCUCUCAAUCUCGGUGCUGAUAUCGAGCUUUGCCUGUGCCUCAAGGACCUUGAACUUUAUCUGGAUACUAACGAUCAACUCUCAGCCCUCAUUGGACUCCUUGGAAAAGAUACAGUCCGCGCUCUUAUUACCGCUUUGAUCAAUACUUCCCCGGAUGCACAACAGUGCUCGUUCCCGCAGCAUGCUCACCAUACGUGUAACACUGCGGACCCUUGCCAUUACGAUUGUGAUUCGCCAUAUAUUCGCAUUGGCGACCAAUGCGUCUGUGCACCUCCCAACGUCUCCUGUAACGGUGUAUGCGGGGAGUUUCCACAGGGUUGUAGCUCCGCUGUCCCCCGUGCUUUGGAGAAAAAGUUUGAGCCGAUUACGACUCUUGCGCAAGCGCGGGCGUCUUGUAGGUCUGGGCAGAGUGUAUGUGGUAUUCCGGGCAAGGAAAGCACGUUAUCGUUCGAGUGUGUCGAUACCAGUUCUACAAAGGAUAGCUGCGGUGGUUGUAUGACACCUCAUCCGUUUUUCGAGAUCGAGCCUGUUCGUCUUUCCUCGGGCAGAGAUUGUACGGCUAUUGCCAACGCGAAAAGCACGUCCUGCGCUGCGUCGCGCUGCGUUGUCAAUUCGUGCAGAGACGGCUGGGUUCCUAGCCCGCAGAACGAUGCUUGUGUUCCGCAUUCCGUCGAGUCGAGGAUGCGCAGGGUCAGGAAGCGAUCUGAAGCGGAUAGUAUCGUGGAUACGGGUGCUACUGUGGAUAUCGGCUUGCUCAUCAGCGCUGUGGUCAAAGCUGUCGUUGCUUUGAAUGUUCAUGGGCCGGUUACGGUUAUCACCAGUCUCCCGACAUCGUAUUCAAGUGACGAUCUCGUGCAUCUCGACGAUAUCUAUAGCCUUGUUAACGGUGUCGAUGCGGCUACCACCGGUCUCGUCACGUCCACUUCCAUUCCUACCGCCAUUUCAUACGCGAAUGCGUUGCUGGAUGUGUCGACGCUUUUGAGGAGCACGUUGAGUGAUUGUCAGUGUGUUGCAAGUCUGGGAUUGCAGGAUUUGGUUGGUGAUGUGGAUGAUGUUGUUGAUAGUGUUGGGAGUUUGCUUGCGGUUUGUAAUGCGUCUAGUCCUGUUGGUUCGUCUGGAUCGUCUAGUGCCGUUGGCUCGUCUGGAUCGUCGACGGUGUCUGGAUCCUCAACGGUUCCGGAUAUCAGCACACCUGGAGUCUCUGGCGACCCGUUAAUCGUUGGGUUGACGAGCUUGCUUUCGAGCCUUGGUAUCGCCGGGAAAUCGGGAGUGGUUGUGGAUGGAUUGGUCGGUCCUGAUACGGCGAGUUCUGUUAAUGGUCUUCUUGAUGGGUUAGGUGUUGGUCCGGCGAAUUAUAAGCGUCAAGGUGUUCCAGCGAACUAUAAGCGCCAAACUAUCCCACCUAUCAAUGCCUUGGUCAACGCGACUGUUGGUACCGACUCUGGGUUGUUGGACCGGUUGACUGUUAUUGUGAAUUUGGUUAUCAAUUUGACGGGGUCUGCGCCUGGGGCAUCUACGAGUACGAGCGCGGGCACGACUACGACCACGGAUUCGCCUAUCAAGUCUGCAGGCUCGUCCUCCACUGCGCUCUCUGAUUGUCUCGUUGAUCCCGUCAUCUUUGGAUCUCUAUACCAAUAUGCCAUCAACCUGGUCGAAUCGCCUGAUUUUGAGACGCUUUGUCGGAAUACUGUUACGCUGCUCGAGGCUGAGCGGAGCUUGAAGGGGUUGUUUGAGGCGUGUCCGUACGUUGAUAGUCUGGGGCUGGGAGGGGUUGUGGAUGAUUUGGUGUUGGUUUUGAGGGAGACUUUGGGGUUGGAUGAGUGGUGUGUUGAGAAUUUUGGUGGUUCUGGUGUUGGGGUUACUACGUCUGUGGGGAGUUUGGCUGCGCCUGCGACUAGGUCUGCUUCGCCUACGACUGCUUCGCCUACGACUACGUCUGCUGGGACUAGUGUAUCGGUUGUUGUGGGUGUUGCAGCGAGUUCUGCUGUGUCUCAUAUCACGUCCACCACUUCCAUUCUUCCCGCCGUGUCAACAAUAUCGUCGACCACUGCUCUCGUCCAUCCACCGUAUUCGUCUACAACACCUGUUGCCUCUGCAGCCGCCGCCCCCGCCACUGAUAUUCCUAUUGUCGUCAGUCUGGAUGAUGUUCUUGCGGGAUUGGGACUGGGCGGGACGAAGGCUGUUGUUAGUGUUGAUGGAGUUUUGGGGGAUGGGUUGGAUGAGAGUGUGGAUGGGCUUUUGGAUGGGGUUGGGAUUGGGCCUCAUGAUGUUAAAAGGGACACGGGUGGAGAACAUAACAUCGAAAGAAGCACGGAUCGUCGUCGACAGAUUGUUGCGAAUGUGAAUGCGACUGUGGAUCUUUCUGGACUUGAGCUUGGAGGGUUGGUUGAUGAGCUUGUUGGUCUUGUCCUUGGGUUGGAUGGGCUGCGUUUGGGAGGGUCUAGUGGAGGUGUGGUGUCGUCUGGUACUACUGCGAGCUCGGCGGCUCCGGUUCUUGGAAUUCCGCUUGUGGUUCCUUUGAUUUCGGAUACAACUUCGUCUCUAGUCGACACGGCAUCUCCUCUACUCGACCAAGCACUCGUCUCAAACGUCGUAUCAGCCGUCCUCUCCCUCCUCUCUUUGAAAUCGCCGACCUAUGGACAGUUGUUGAAUGCGCUUGAUGGUGUUUUGUCUGCUUGUUCGAGUGCAGUUGGGGGUUUCGAGGAUGAGAAUGUAGAUAGCAGUGCGGUGGAUGGGUAUUUGGAGGGUAUUGUGAGGGUUGUGAAGGUGUUGGAGGGUGUUUGUGUGCAGGCUGCGUCUUCUGGCAAUUCAUCCUCUGUCAAAGACGAUGCAGACCAUCCAUCCUCUGUCAAAGACGAUGCAGACCACCCUCUUGUCGUCGGGCUCACCAAGCUGCUUAAAGGACUCGGCCUUGAUAUUUCAGCUGUGGUUGUUGUUGAUGGGCUUUUGAGUGAUGGUUUGGAUGAGGGCCUUGAUGGUGUUUUGGAUGGGGUUGGUAUUGGGCCUGGUGGGGCGGUGGCUACUACUAGGAGGAGGAGGGGGAGGGGGAGGAGGUCGGAGCAGGAUUGGUAG